UGCAGAACGUAUAAUCUAGAACGUAUGUAUAACAUUUCUUGUCAAAGAUACACAUAUUUUAUAUAGACACAUUUUCCGAAAUGUUUAACUUGCGGAUAUUAAUUUCAACCUUAAUCAUCUUCUUAAUUAUACUCCCAUUGUGUUCCCCGGUGCUAUUAUGUUUCUCUCUUUUAAGAAAAUUUGUUACACUUGUAGCAAAAAUAUUUAAGAGGGGGACGCUCGUCAAAAUUGUGACGGGAGGAAGUACUUUACUAGAUCAGACACUAACCUUCACUCGGAAUGCUAUAACAAUCGUCGCCAUCGUGGAAAUUGACCGGGAGAAAAUUGACUUGUCCCGAUUCAAGGGUGACUUUGAAACAAAAGUGUUGCAUAAAAAGUACGAGUCUCAACUUCUCUACCCUGAACUGCAGUGUAAACUUGUGGAAUGGUGGGGAUAUUACUUUUGGGAAAAAUGCGACAAUUUCGAUGUGAACGAUCACAUAAAGUUUUUGAGAGAACCUGAUUUUUCCAAGGAUAGCUCAGCAAAUCCAGAAGAUUUUAAUAAACUAAUCAACCACGUGACCCAUGAACGAAUCUGGGUCAAGGAGAAACCACUCUGGGAAAUCUUAAUUAUGGAAAAUGUCACCACGGAGAGAGCACGUGGACAAACGCUGCUGAUUUUUAGAUGCAGCCACGUUCUUUGUGAUGGGAUCUCGGUAUUAAAAAUGUCCUCCAAUCUGUUCGAAACGGACGUUCCCGCUAACAAAUCUGUGCCACAAGAAUUUGAUAACAUUUCAUCACAAAUUUGGCUUCUGUUAAAAAUUCCAUAUUUAUUCGUUUCCUUCGUAAAAAAUAUUUCCAGUCACGUGAACCGCGUCCCGCCACCAAACAAAAGGUUACAUGAAAUUCCUGAAAUAUUCACCAAAACAAUGGAGUCCAUGCCGAUGUCUGUGUUUAAAAGGAUUAAAGACGCGUAUGGCAUAGAUCACUUAUCCCUUCUCCUCGCCGGGGUGGCAUUCGCGAUAAGACAAACUUAUCUCGAACGAGGGCUUAAGGUUGAUGACGAAAUUAAAGCGGGAUUCAUUCAACCACUUCCGAGUCAUCCGAUGAAAUUAAGGAAUCAUUUCACUGCGGGAUCAAUCCUUCUUCCAAUCGGAGAACCCGACUCGAUCAAAAGAUUGAAACUGAUUUCCGCCCGAAUUCGGAAAUUUCGCUCGACACGUGUCUCAAUAUUUGCCGCAUUCAUUUACAAAAUGAUAUACGCCCUACCACUCCCAAUAGUUCGACAACUCUGGAAAAAUCCACCCAUUCAGACGCCCAUAAUGGUGAAUAAUAUUUGUGGACCGUCACAAAAAUAUUAUUUGUACGGGGAUCAAGUUUCCAUCCCGUUUAUCGGGGUUAACAUGGCUCGAACUCAAAAUCGGGGUCUCGCGUACGAUACUCGUUUUCACACCUACAACGGGACCGGACAUCUCGGAGUGAGCGGAUUUGAAGAAUAUUUUUCGAGCACAGCAGAAGCAUCGAAAUUUCUCGCUGAUUGUUUCUCCGAAUGGGAAAAGCUUUCCGGAAUGGCGAAUACUUUUGAAGUUUGAUGUACACAUAAUUAUCUAGUUUUGCUACUUUACAUACAUAUUUAUUAAGGGCUGAAAGCCCUUUAUAAGAUCGUUAUGUCCGUCCGUCUGUCUGUCUGUCUGUCUGCCUGUCUGUCCGUCCGUAGCUCCGAUAACUUUUGAACGGAAA